AAAACUGCAUAUAAAGCAUGUCGUACUUAUAAAAGUAAAGAACCUAUGGCAUUUUCUAAUAGAGGUCCAGCAAUUGCAUUAAUACCAGCAAUCAUGAAUUCACCUUUGUUUCUUGCUCUUUGCAACACGAAAUCAGAAUAUUUCCCACCGACAAGACUUCCAAUAGCAUAUCCUACAGCAAGAGCAAGAAAUAAUAAUCCAAUAGAUGAAGGUGUUGAUGAACAAAAAGUUUCAGGUACAAAAAAUAGGAUUAAGGGAAAAAUGAAACCACCAUAUAUUGCUAAAAUACGAAAUAUCCAAUGCCAAUUAAGGAUCUGA